UGUUGUCACUAGGAGGAGGAGGCGGCCUUAAUGUGCAACUUUGGGAGCCAGUCCUCAGUCCUCCCCAGCUGUCCCUGAGGCCCGGCCCUACUUCUGCUUCCUGACCCGGGAUGGCAGUUGGCCUGAAGGGAUGGCUGCUCUGGGCCCUCCUACUGAAUUCGGCCCAGGGGGAUCCCUACACACCCAUCCAUCAGGCUGGCUUCUGCACCUUUUAUGAAGAGUGUGGGAAGAAUCCAGAGCUGUCUGGAGGCCUCACAUCACUGUCCAAUGUAUCUUGCCUGUCUAAUACCCCAGCCCGCCAUGUCACAGGGGAACACCUGGCCCUCCUCCAGCGCAUCUGUCCCCGCCUGUACAAUGGCCCCAAUACCACCUUUGCCUGUUGCUCCCCCAGGCAGCUGCUAUCAUUAGAGAGCAGCAUGUCUAUCACCAAGGCUCUCCUCACCCGCUGCCCCGCCUGCUCUGACAAUUUUGUGAGCAUACACUGCCAAAACACCUGUAGCCCUAACCAGAGCCUCUUUAUCAAUGUCACCCGUGUGGCUGAGAAGGACUCUUCACAGCUUCCGGCUGUGGUGGCCUAUGAAACCUUUUACGAGCGCAGCUUUGCUGAGGCGGCCUAUGAGUCCUGUAGCCGGGUACGCAUCCCUGCAGCUGCCUCGCUGGCCGUGGGCAGCAUGUGUGGGGUCUACGGCUCGGCCCUUUGCAAUGCCCAGCGCUGGCUCAACUUCCAGGGAGACACAGGGAAUGGCCUGGCUCCGCUGGACAUCACCUUCCACCUCGUGGAGCCUGGCCAGGCCCUGGCAGAGGGGAUACAGCCUCUGAAUGCGGAAAUCGCACCAUGCAAUGAGUCCCAGGGUGCAGACUCGGCAGCCUGUUCCUGCCAGGACUGUGCAGCGUCUUGUCCCGUCAUUGCUCGGCCUCCGGCGCUGCCCCCUUCGUUCUACAUGGGUAAAAUGCCAGGCUGGUUGGCUCUCAUCAUUAUCUUCAGUGCGGUCUUUGUGUUGCUCACUGCUGUCCUUGUGCGUCUUCGAGUGGCUUCCAACAGGAAAAAGAGCAAGACAACAAGCCCCCAGGAAACCCCCAACCGCCCUCGUAAGCGCAGAUUCUCACCUCACACUGUCCUUGGCCGGUUUUUCCAGAACUGGGGCACAAAAGUGGCCUCUUGGCCACUCACCGUCUUGGCACUGUCCUUCGUGGUCGUGAUAGCCCUGUCAGUAGGCAUGAUGUAUAUAGAACUCACCACAGACCCCGUGGAACUGUGGUCAGCCCCCAAAAGUCAAGCCCGGAAAGAGAAGGCCUUCCACGACGAGCAUUUCGGCCCCUUCUUCCGAACCAACCAGGUUUUUGUGACAGCUCGAAACAGGUCCAGUUACCUUUAUGACUCCCUGCUGCUAGGGCCCAAGAACUUCAGCGGGAUCCUGUCCCUGGACCUACUGCUGGAGCUGCUGGAGCUCCAAGAGAGGCUUCGCCACCUGCAGGUGUGGUCCCCGGAGGCGGGGCGCAACAUCUCCCUGCAGGACAUCUGCUACGCCCCCCUCAACCCGCACAACACCACCCUCUCGGACUGCUGUGUCAACAGCCUCCUUCAGUACUUCCAGAACAAUCGCACGCUCCUGCUGCUUACCGCCAACCAGACCCUCGGUGGCCAGACUUCCCUGGUGGACUGGAAGGACCACUUCCUCUACUGUGCCAAUGCCCCUCUCACAUUCAAAGACGGCACGUCUCUGGCCCUGAGCUGCAUAGCUGACUACGGGGCCCCUGUCUUCCCCUUCCUUGCUGUUGGGGGGUAUCAAGGGACGGACUACUCGGAGGCAGAGGCGCUGAUCAUAACCUUCUCUCUCAAUAACUUUCCUGCUGACGAUCCCCGCAUGGCCCAGGCCAGGCUCUGGGAGGAGGCUUUUCUGAAGGAAAUGCAAGCCUUCCAGAGCAGCACGGCUGACAAGUUCCAAGUUGCAUUCUCAGCCGAGCGCUCUCUGGAGGAUGAAAUCAACCGCACCACCAUUCAGGACCUGCCUGUCUUCGCCAGCAGUUACAUUAUCAUCUUCCUGUACAUCUCUCUGGCCCUGGGCAGCUACUCCAGAUGGAACCGAAUAGCGGUGGAUUCCAAGGCUACUCUGGGCCUAGGCGGGGUGGCUGUUGUGCUGGGAGCAGUCAUAGCUGCCAUGGGCUUCUACUCCUACCUGCGUGUCCCCUCCUCUCUGGUUAUCAUCCAAGUGGUACCUUUCCUGGUGCUGGCCGUGGGAGCUGACAACAUCUUCAUCUUUGUUCUUGAGUACCAGAGGCUGCCUAGGAUGCCUGGGGAACAGCGAGAGGCCCACAUUGGCCGUACCCUGGGCAGUGUGGCACCCAGCAUGCUGCUGUGCAGCCUCUCUGAGGCCAUCUGCUUCUUCCUAGGGGCCUUGACCCCCAUGCCGGCUGUGAGGACCUUUGCCUUGACCGCUGGCUUAGCGAUUAUCCUCGACUUCCUGCUCCAGAUGACGGCCUUCGUGGCCCUGCUCUCCCUGGAUAGCAAGAGGCAAGAGGCCUCUCGCCCAGACAUCUUAUGCUGCCUUUCACCCCGGAAACUACCUCCACCUGAACAAAACGAGGGACUCUUACUCCGCUUCUUCCGAAAGAUAUAUGCUCCCUUCCUGCUGCACAGGAUCACUCGCCCUGUUGUGAUGCUUCUGUUUCUGGCCCUGUUUGGAGCAAAUCUCUACUUCAUGUGUCACAUCAGCGUGGGACUGGACCAGGAGCUGGCUCUGCCCAAGGACUCCUACCUGAUCGACUACUUCCUCUUUUUGAACCGAUACUUUGAAGUGGGGCCUCCAGUGUACUUUGUCACCACCUCGGGCUACAACUUCUCCAGCGAGGCAGGCAUGAAUGCCAUUUGCUCUAGCGCAGGCUGUGACAGCUUCUCUCUAACCCAGAAGAUCCAGUAUGCCACUGAAUUCCCUGAAGAGUCUUAUCUGGCGAUCCCUGCAUCCUCCUGGGUAGAUGACUUCAUCGACUGGUUGACUCCAUCCACCUGCUGCCGCCUUUAUACCUUUGGUCCCAAUAAGGAUGAAUUCUGUCCUUCAACUGACACUUCCUUCAACUGUUUAAGAAACUGCAUGAGCUUCACGCUGGGCCCCGUGAGGCCCACACCAGAACAGUUUGACAAGUACCUGCCCUGGUUCCUGAACGACCCACCCAACAUCAGAUGUCCCAAAGGGGGUCUAGCAGCGUAUAGCACCUCCGUGAAUCUGAGCUCAGAUGGCCAGGUUAUAGCCUCUCAGUUCAUGGCCUACCACAAGCCCCUCAGGAACUCAGAGGAUUUCACAGAAGCUCUCCGGACGUCCCGACUGCUGGCCGCCAACAUCACAGCUGAACUGCGGAAAGUGCCCGGCACAGACCCCAACUUCGAGGUCUUCCCCUACACGAUCUCCAACGUGUUCUACGAGCAGUACCUGACUGUCCUCCCUGAGGGGAUCUUCACACUGGCUCUCUGCUUCGUGCCCACCUUUGUGGUCUGCUACCUCCUGCUGGGUCUGGACGCGCGCUCAGGCAUCCUCAACCUGCUCUCCAUCAUCAUGAUCCUCGUGGACACCAUCGGGCUCAUGGCUGUGUGGGGUAUCAGCUACAACGCUGUGUCCCUCAUCAACCUUGUCACGGCAGUGGGCAUGUCUGUGGAGUUUGUGUCCCACAUCACCCGGUCCUUUGCUGUCAGCACCAAGCCUACCCGGCUGGAGAGGGCCAAGGACGCUACCGUCUCCAUGGGCAGUGCGGUGUUUGCUGGAGUGGCCAUGACUAACUUCCCAGGCAUCCUCAUCUUGGGCUUUGCUCAGGCCCAGCUUAUCCAGAUCUUCUUCUUCCGCCUCAACAUCGUAAUCACCUUGCUGGGCCUGCUGCAUGGCCUGGUCUUCCUGCCAGUUGUCCUCAGCUAUCUGGGACCUGACGUUAACCCGGAUCUGGUACUGGAGGAAAAACUAGCCACAGAGGCAGCAACGGCCCCAGAGCCUUCUAGCCCAAAGUACCCCAUCCCCGACACAGACUAUGUUAACCACGGUUUUGAAGACUCUACCCCUGGUGCUAGCGCUGCUGACAGCUCUUUGCCCAAAAGUGGCCAGAAGUUUUAAUGGAGUAGGAGGUUAUUCAGGCUCUGUGUCUUCCCUCUGGGUGUCCUCAAGACCUGGGGGAGA